GACCUAUUUACGGCAAACGUGAAAGUUGCCGCAAGUUUCGACGCGACGUAAAUACAUACAAUUUUGAACAAAAUGAAGAUAGAAGAAGUAAAAAGUACAACGAAAACUCAAAGAAUAGCGACACAUAGUCACAUAAAAGGCCUUGGUUUAGACGAAAAUGGAUAUGCCAUUCAAAGUGCAGCUGGUUUAGUUGGUCAAGAGUUGGCAAGAGAGGCUGCUGGUAUAGUGGUUGAAAUGAUCAGAUCAAAGAAGAUGGCUGGAAGAGCCGUGUUACUGGCUGGACCACCAGGAACAGGCAAGACUGCCAUUGCUUUGGCGAUAGCUCAGGAACUUGGUAACAAAGUUCCGUUCUGUCCAAUGGUUGGUAGUGAAGUGUAUUCUCAUGAGAUCAAAAAGACAGAAGUGUUGAUGGAGAACUUCAGAAGAGCUAUUGGAUUAAGAAUCAAAGAAACAAAAGAAGUUUACGAAGGAGAGGUGACAGAGCUUACACCUGUUGAGACAGAAAAUCCGAUGGGAGGGUAUGGAAAGACAGUCAGUCAUGUGAUCAUCGGUUUAAAGACAGCCAAGGGAACCAAACAGUUAAAACUAGAUCCCUCUAUUUAUGAAAGUUUACAGAAAGAGAAAGUAGAAACUGGAGAUGUUAUAUACAUAGAGGCAAACAGUGGUGCUGUAAAGAGACAAGGUAGAUCUGAUAGUUUUGCAACAGAAUUUGAUCUGGAAGCAGAAGAGUAUGUACCCCUGCCAAAAGGAGAUGUCCAUAAAAAGAAAGAGAUUAUACAAGAUGUAACACUACAUGAUCUCGAUGUUGCAAAUGCUAGACCACAGGGAGGACAGGAUAUUAUGUCUAUGAUGGGUCAGCUGAUGAAGCCAAAGAAAACAGAAAUCACAGAUAAAUUACGUAAAGAAAUUAACAAAGUUGUAAACAAAUACAUAGACCAGGGCAUAGCUGAGUUGGUACCAGGUGUAUUAUUUGUUGACGAAGUGCACAUGUUAGAUAUUGAAUGUUUCACGUACCUCCACAGAGCUCUAGAAUCCUCUAUAUCUCCUAUUGUUAUAUUUGCAACAAACAGAGGAAGAUGUACAAUCAAAGGCACAGAAGAUAUUGUUUCACCACAUGGAAUGCCCCUUGAUCUGUUAGACAGAGUGAUGAUUGUGAGAACACUGCCAUAUUCACAGGAAGAAAUGACACAGAUCUUAAAAUUACGAGCACAGACAGAAAGUAUUCAGGUAGAUGAUGAUUCUCUAGCACAGCUAGGACAGAUUGGUGUCACCACAACUCUCAGAUAUGCCGUACAGCUUCUCACACCGGCCAACCUGUUGUCAAAAAUAAAUGGACGUGAUUCUAUCGGAAAAGACGAAAUCGAGGAAACUAACAAACUUUUCUUUGAUGCAAAAUCAUCGGCGAAAAUUUUGGCAGAACAAGAAGAUAAAUACAUGAAAUGAGACGUUAUACAGAACGAUCUGGACCAGUUUUCUUUAAAAAUAUGAUUUUAAUAUUCAAAAUAGAUGAAAUUUUGUGUUUACAACCUUUCUUUUAAUGAGUGAUAGUUCAAAGAGUGUUGGCUGUAAAGGUAUCUUAAUUAUUAAGAUUGAGAUAAAAAGUGAUAAAAAGGUAAAUACAGAACUGGUUGUUACCUCUGGAGUAUUCUGAAUGUGACUUUUCUGUAAAUAAAUUUUGUUUAGGCUAAUGGUUCAGGUGUCAAGUUUUUGAGAUAAAAAUGGAAUGAAUUCCUUGGCAAGGUUUGAGAGCUCUGAAUGAAACGUGAAAAGCAAGUCAGUUCAAAACACUUAAAACAGUGCUCCUCCUCCUUUCUUUAAAUGGGCACCCUAAGAACCUCUGCUGGAAGGUUGCAGUAUAACAUAAAACAGUAGAGCCUACAACCCAACAAAUUAAAGAAAAACAUUUUGCAUUCUAGGAGUGUGUAUGUGUUUAUUUUCAUCAUUAUGCAAGUCAAAGUAUUCAUUUUGAACAUUCUUCAUUAGAUGUUUAUAUUUUGUUAGAUGUCAUUCAGUUGUACAUUUAAGAUAAUUCCAAAAUACAAUGAUGAAAAAAUG